CAGUCAAGCGUACGAGCUUCAACCGGCAAUCGCGCAGAGCAGUCUUUGCGUGGCAUCGAAAGUGAAAGGUUCGAAAGGAUACAACACCACCACCACCACCAUGGCUAGUGGAAAGAUCGCGCUCGUGAGCGUUUCGGACAAAUCCGGAAUGGUGGAGUUGGCCAAGGGGCUGCACGAGCUGGGACUGAAGUUGGUGGCCAGCGGAGGCACGGCCAAGGCCAUCCGUGACCAGGGUUUGCCGGUGCGCGACGUAUCCGAGGUGACUGGUGCGCCGGAAAUGCUAGGAGGGCGCGUGAAAACCCUCCACCCGGCAGUACACGCCGCCAUCCUGGCCCGUAUGACCGAGUCCGACCAGCGUGACAUCCGCCAGCAGGAUUACGAGCUGGCGCAGAUCGUCGUGUGCAAUCUGUACCCGUUCGGAUUGACCAUCUCGAAGCCGGACGUGACGGUGGCGGAUGCGGUCGAGAACAUCGACAUUGGCGGUGUGACGCUGCUGCGCGCCGCGGCCAAGAACCACCAGCGCGUCACGGUGCUGUGCGAUCCGAGGGACUACACGCGGGUGCUGGACGAGAUCCGGCAGCACGGUGACACAUUGCCGGCCACUCGCCAGGUCCUGGCACUGAAGGCCUUCACGCACACGGCCGAGUACGAUACGCUCAUCUCGGACUACUUCCGCAAGCAGUAUUCGGCAGGUGUCGCGCAGCUGAACCUGCGUUACGGCAUGAACCCACACCAGAAGCCGGCCCAGCUGUACACCGCGCUCGAGCGGUUGCCGCUUAAGGUGGUCAAUGCCGCGCCCGGAUUCAUCAACCUGUGUGACGCCCUUAACGGAUGGCAGUUGGUGCGGGAGUUAAAGCGAGCGCUCGGGUUACCGGCGGCCACCAGCUUUAAGCACGUGUCACCGGCUGGCGCGGCCGUCGGAGUACCACUCACACCGGACCAGGCCAAACUGUGCAUGGUAGAGGACAUGAUGGCGGACCUAACGCCGUUGGCGACGGCUUACGCACGAGCUCGCGGCGCUGACCGGAUGUCCUCGUUUGGUGAUUUCGUGGCACUCUCGGACACGUGCGAUCUGGCCACGGCACGGAUUAUCGCGCGUGAGGUAUCCGACGGCAUCAUCGCACCCGGUUACACGGAGGAAGCGUUGGCCGUGCUGCGAAAGAAGAAGAACGGUGCGUACUGCGUGCUGCAGAUCGAUCCUACGUACGAGCCUGGUCCGGUUGAACGCAAGACACUGUUUGGGUUGCAGCUCGAGCAGCGUCGGAACGACGCCGACAUUAGCCGGGCACUGUUUACGAAUGUCGUGACGAAGGAGAAGACCCUGCCGGAGGGUGCAUUGCGGGACAUGAUCGUGGCCACGAUCGCGCUCAAGUACACCCAGAGCAACUCGGUGUGCUACGCCAAGGACGGACAGGUGGUCGGUAUUGGAGCCGGCCAGCAGUCACGUAUCCAUUGCACGCGGCUUGCCGGGGACAAGGCGGACAACUGGUGGUUGCGGCAGCACCCGCGUGUCACCAGCAUGCGCUUCCGGUCGGGCGUUAAGCGGGCGGAGGUGUCAAAUGCGAUCGACAACUACGUGAAUGGUACCGUCGGUAAGGACAUGCCGGUGGCGCAAUUCGAGGCGAUGUUGGAACAGGUACCGGCGCCAUUGUCUGCCGCUGACAAGGAGGAAUGGACACGCCAGCUGACCGGUGUCGCGCUCGGUUCGGACGCGUUCUUCCCGUUCCGGGACAACGUGGACCGGGCGAAGUUGAGUGGCGUGUCGUAUAUCGCCAGCCCGGCUGGUUCGACGAAUGAUGCUGGUGUGAUCGAGGCCUGUAACGAGCAUGGUAUCGUGAUGGUGCACACGAAUCUCCGGCUGUUCCAUCAUUAAACGACGCUGUUUCGUGGGUGUAAUUUUUUUUUGUAAGCCAUUUAACCAUCGAGGAAGCUGAAUAAAUGAACUAUUCGUUGUUUUUUUUCCCAGGA